CAUCAGUUAGAACCUUCGAAAAGAAAAGGGAGAAGGCAACAAUAUCAAAAUUCGAUUUCAACAAUGCCUAUCGAGUACAUUCAAGUUGGAGAAACAGACUCUGAAGAAGAAGGAGAGGAAGAAACAGAGGAAGAAGGAGAAGAUGAUGAAGAAACACAGGGAGAAGAAGAAGAAGAAGAAACAGAAGGAGAAGAAAGCGAAGAGGAACUACUGGAAGUAGAAGAGUAUAUUCCUGUGAGGCAGUCGCCUAGGGUUUCGGGUGGAGCGGGGGAGGAACGGAGAGUUGGGAAGGGUGGAGGAGAGGAGAAGUGUUUUUCGAGUGGAACAGAUUGCGGAGAGGGUUCUCAAGGGAAGGAGAGGAACCACGGCGAAAUCGAUGGCUUGUUCUGCGCUAUCUGCAUGGAAGCUGCUUGGACCUCUUCCGGUGAUCACCAUGUCUGUUGUCUUCCUUGUGGACACAUUUAUGGCUUAUCAUGCAUUGAAAGAUGGUUACAAAAAAAUUCAAGUUCAAGAAAGUGUCCUCAAUGCAACAAGAAAUUUACAUUAAAAGAUGUUAGGAAACUGUUUGCAUUGCAGCUUGUUGCUAUGGAUGGAGAAGUGCAAAUGAGUGCUUCUUGGAGCAAGAAAGAAGCUGAAUGGAAAGAAAGAGAAACUCAAUGGAAAAAGAGAGAGGAUGAGUUGCAAAUAGAAGUUAAGCAACUUACUAAGAGGGCUAAAUAUUUGGAGCAUUUACUAGGAGAUGUACAGAGUGCGACACUUGGAGAAGUGACAGCCAAUAGGAAUAGGGAUUUUGAAGGACAUUCUCUAGGAUCCAACUUUGGCUCAGAGUUUAGCAGUGUGCAUUUUGUACCGAUGAAAGAACUGCAAGUGGAUGGUGCACGUUUAUUUGAUGUAGAUGCUUCCAGUCAUACUUUGUUAGUAACUCGUCGAUUGCCUGGGUUGGGUGGAACAUCUUUCCUUUCCAGAAUAAACUUGUUACCUCCGUAUGAAAGAGAAGACAUUUUUCUUCCUCCUGGUACAAAAGCAAUCAGGGACCUGCGAAUUUCCCCAUUUAAUAGUAGCCUUGCACUCUAUGCAUCUAUGGGGAAGAAAUUAGCAGUUCUCAGUACACAAAGCAACAAUGUCGUGCUUGCCUAUGAUCUGCCGGCUGCUGCAUGGUCAUGUUCAUGGGAUAUUAAUAAUUCACAUCACAUCUAUGCUGGGCUGCAGAAUGGCUCACUUUUGGCCUUUGAUAUGCGCCAAACUGCAAUGCCCAUGGAAUCGAUGAAUGGGCUGACAAGCAAUGUGAUUCAUACUAUAUGCUCUUUAAACAAUACGACUCUCCCUCUGGGUUGUGGAGCCAUAAUAUCUGCAUCCUCAGCUGGGCUUUGUCAUUGGAGCUUUGGUGGUGCUAGGGAAAGGCCCUUUUUGGUACCUAAGACGGAGAAUCAAGGAGUUUGUAUAUCUCUAGCUUAUAAUCACAGCAGCAAUGACAUCAUUGCUUCAUACCGCCCAAAAAUUUACUUUCCAAAUGAGAUGGCCAUUUCUCAACCUGUACUGACUCCUACCAUUGGGCAAGGAGUACAGGGUUCUCAUGUUCACUUUAAGAGACUUGGAAGUAACUCUUAUCAGAAGUUGGGCUCGGAUUUGGCCAAUGUAAAUGAUAUUCGACUGUCAAGAUCUACAAUUAUAUACAUACAAAAUAAGACUUUCUUUGCAUCUGGUGAUGAAGUUACAGUUGAAUUAAUCUUGCAAGAGUUGCCAUCUUUCACUGUUGUUCAACGUCUUAAGUCACCCAAGCUUCCUAUUCAUGAUGUAAAAUACACAGAUGCACUGGGCCAAGGUUUACUUGGUUGUUUAAGCGAGGAUGUAUUGCAACUAUUCAGCUUGAAGUUGUGAUAAAUAGGCUUCUGACCUUUCCUAAUGGGGAUAGCUCCACAUGGUUUCUCAUUCCUUUUGUGGAUUAUGCAACUGGCCCCAAUAUUCCAGUAGCUCCUUUUCUGUUUUUUUCUUUCUUUCUGAUUUUUGUACGGGGCACGUGAAUAUUUUGAGUUUCACUUGUAAAGGUUGUACCAUAGCAUAGCAUAGGGACUGGAUGAUUGAAGUUAAAUUAUUUCCAGGCAGCUGUACAUAUUGACAUACUUUUGUAUGAUAUUGAAUUAUUUAUUACAAAAAGUCUUAAUUUUUGUAAAAUGGAUCUUGUUUUAACUGUCCUCACAACAUAUUGACAUACUUUUGUAUGAUAUUUGCUGUCUGGGAGAGUUGAAGUCAAUCCACGUGCCUGGCUGACCAUAUGACCAUGGGAGAGCUCAUGUGUGCACUUCAGAAAUUCUGAGCAAGGAUUUAGUAGGAAUUGAACGAAGAUAACCAAAGGGUUUAACUGCCAGGAGGAUCUGCUGUUCAACCAACUAAUUGAACAAUGAAGCCACGAAGCCUGUGUUGCUUGUUGCAGGUAUGCUUUCCAUCAACCAGUUUUCUGUACUAAUAGAAAUUUGACCAAAGAAAGAAAUAAUUAUAAAGAGGGAUUUGUCUUAAACUUUCUAUCAUUCAGUGUAUUUAAACUUUAGAGGAUUGCCAAAUGGAAUAUCCUAUCAUUUCAGUCCAUUUAAACUUUAAAAGCUGUAAAGCUCCUUUCCAACGUCCUCAUUGUUUGAUAUCUUUCAUUUAGCCAUCAUGGGUUAUUCUUUUUGAAUUAUUGUUGCAAAAGCAUCCAUUUUGCACACAGGUCAUGUCAAUCAAAU